AUGAGUCAGGAGAAGCCACGGAGGCCCGAGAAAGAACCGAUAAAAUACGGCGACGUGUUCAACGUGUCCGGUGAUUUAUCAUCACAACCGAUUGCACCAAGAGAUGCUGCAGCCAUGCAAUCAGCGGAGGACAAAACAUUGGGACAGACUCUAAAAGAUGGGCCUGCUUCUCUCAUGACUUCCGCGGCCCAGAAAAACGAGGAUGCUGGUUUCAUCGGUCAUAACACUGCUACAAACAUUGCUAGAAAUGAAGGCGUUGCUGUUUCUGAAACUUGUGAUUCUGGCAAACGUGUCAUCACUGAGACCCUUGGUGGACAGGUCCUGGGGAAGUUCGUGGAAGAUGCAAAUGCUUCAAAAGGGAGUACCUUUGAAGACGAAGGUGAUCCUAAUCCUCUCUCAGCUCAAGCUCCUAAAGUUGGAGUAGCAAUGGACAGAGAUUUCAUAAGUAACCAAGGUGGUGGUGUUAUGAAUCCUGUUUUGAAUGGAAACCAGAAUGAGAAUAAGAAUGCAUGGUCAAAUGAUUCAAUGGGCAAGGGUGUAAGGAAUGAAAAUCCUGAGACUAUAAGUAGUGUACCUGGUGGCAUGGGAGCAUCCAUGGCGACUGCGGCUGCGGAUCGGCUUAAGAAGAACAAGUGA